AUGUGUUCCUCUGUGCUGCAGAGAGCCCUGGCCGCCCCCCUCGUCUGGAUCCUCCUGGCCCUCCUGGACGGGAAGUGCUUUGUGUGUGCCUUCAGCAGAUCCGUGGACCCCGAAAAGUUUCUGGAUUUUGCCAACAUGACCCCCAGCCAGGUGCAGCUCUUCCUGGCCAAGGUGCCGUGCCAGGAGGAUGAGCUGGUCAGGGACAGCCCCGCGAGAAAGGCAGUGUCCCGCUACCUAUGGUGCCUGUCACAGGCCAUCGGCUGGAGCAUCACCCUGCUACUGAUCGUCGUGGCCUUCCUGGCCCGCUGCCUGAGGCCUUGCCUCGACCAGACGGUCUUCCCGCAGCGCAGAUACUGGAGCAACUACGUGGACCUGGAGCAGAAGCUCCUCGACGAGACGUGCUGUGAGCAUGCGCGGGACUUCGCGCACCGCUGCGUGCCGCACUUCUUCGCCAGCGUGCAGAGCGAGAUGCGGGCGCGGGGGCUGAGGCGGGACCCCUCGGGCAGGGGCCCCGAGCCACCCGAGAUGCCCGACGACCUGGACGGCGGCGGAAGCAGGAAGGCCCACCUGCGGGCGGUUUCCAGUCGGGAGCAGGUGGACCGCCUCCUGAGCACGUGGUACUCCAGCAAACCGCCACGCGACCUCGUGGCAUCCCCGGGGCCCUGGGCGUGUGGCCUCAACCACCGCGCUCCCACGGUGGCCCCAGGCACCAGGCUGUCCCAGCAUACUGACGUGUAG